CGCCUGUGACGGCGAAGCCACAGGAUUCGAUUGGGGUCUCGAGUCGAUUACUAACCGCCCGCUCGCUCCUCUCCAGGAAAAUGCCCACCUUCCUUGCGGACCAUGUCGAGAAGAAUAACCUCCAGGGCAAGCUACGCUACACCCUGUUCGUGGGUGCCUCAUCGGGCGCAGAGACCGAGAACCGCUGGGCGGCUCUCGACAUGAUCGAGAGGCGCAGCCCCCAUCAAGUUGGCAAGAACAUCGCCAAGGGCAUCAACGAAGGCCGCAUCAAGUUCUUCGACAAGCAUCUGAGCAUGUUUCCCGUCGACCUCGUAUAUGGGUUUUACACCAAGGACAGGAUGAGCAACAAGAUCGACGUGGCCGUGGUGGAGGCGACCGAGAUCAAGGAGGAUGGCAGCAUCGUUCCAGGCGCCUCUGUCGGUGCCACGCCCGAGCUUCUCCAGCUCGCCGAAAAGAUCAUUAUCGAAGUCAACACGGCUCUGCCCAGCUUCGACGGCCUACAUGACAUUACCAUGACCGACUUGCCGCCACGCCGGAAGCCAUACCUUAUUACCAACGUCGAGGACCGCAUCGGCUCCAACUCGAUCCCAAUCGACCCCGAGAAGGUCGUCGGUAUCCUUGAGUCGGAUUACAAGGACCAGACCCUCCCCAAUUCCCCGGCGGACGAGGUCUCGCAGAAGAUUGCCGGCCACCUCAUCGAGUUCUUUGAGCACGAAGUCAAGCACGGUCGCCUGCCUCCCAGCUUGCUACCGCUGCAGUCUGGCAUCGGAAACAUUGCCAACGCCGUCAUUGGUGGCCUGGAUAAUUCCAACUUCCGCAAUCUCAAGGUGUGGACCGAGGUCAUCCAGGACACCUUCCUCGACCUGUUCGACUCGGGCCGCCUCGACUUCGCCACGGCCACUUCGGUGCGCUUUUCCCCGUCCGGCUUCGAGCGCUUCUACAAGAACUGGGAGUCCUACGAGAACAAGCUGCUGCUGCGUUCGCAGCAGGUGUCCAACUCGCCCGAGAUCAUCCGCCGCCUCGGCGUCAUCGGCAUGAACACGCCCGUCGAGGUCGACAUCUACGCCCACGCCAACUCGACCUGCGUCAUGGGCAGCCGCAUGCUCAACGGCCUGGGCGGCUCCGCCGACUUCCUGCGCAACGCCAAGUACAGCAUCAUGCACACGCCCUCGACCCGCCCCUCCAAGACGGACCCGCACGGCGUCAGCUGCAUCGUGCCCAUGUGCACCCACGUCGACCAGACCGAGCACGACCUCGACAUCAUCGUCACCGAGAACGGCCUGGCCGACGUCCGUGGCCUCAGCCCCCGCGAGCGCGCCCGCGUCAUCAUUGACAAGUGUGCCCACGAGGUCUACCGCCCCAUCCUCAAGGCCUACUUCGAGAAGGCCGAGAGCGAGUGCCUGCGCAAGGGCAUGGGCCACGAGCCCCACCUGCUGUGGAACGCCUUCGACAUGCACAAGGCGCUGAGCGAGGAGGGCAGCAUGCAGAAGGUCAAGCUGUGGUAGCCAAGCGGCAGU